AUGGCUAGACGAACAAAGAAAGUAGGUAUUGUUGGUAAAUACGGAACAAGAUAUGGUGCUUCUCUUCGUAAAGUCAUCAAGAAAAUUGAAAUUGCACAACACUCUAAAUAUGUUUGUCCAUUCUGUUGUAAAGAAGCAGUAAGAAGAACAGCAUGUGGAAUUUGGGAAUGCAAAGGAUGUAAGAAACAAAUUGCAGGAGGAGCAUACACUUUGUCAACCAUUUCAGGAGCCACAGUUAGAUCAACUGUUAGAAGAUUAAGAGAUGCUAAGAAUUCUCAAUAA